CUGGGGAGCUGUCUGAUCAGCCAACGCCCAUCGACGACGAUGCAAUGAGAUGAGACUGGCAGCUUCCCGACCACAUCGUAUCACAACCCACUGCCCGUGCCCGCACGGAGCUCAAAUGAUAGACCGAUAGCGACUCACUUCCCAACUCGAACUUAUCAACACACACAAUUUACGCCGAAGCCGCAGGCAAGACAAGGACCCGACGAAUCAGGGACAAUGAGCUACUACUUCGUCAUCAUCGGCACGCAAGACAACCCGUUGUUCGAGUACGAGUUCGGCACCAGCAAGCAGGGCGGCGAUGGCCAAGCGCACUUCACCGAGCUGGCGCGGCACCUGAACCAGUUCAUCGUGCACAGCAGCCUCGACAUCGUCGAAGAAGUGCAGUGGGCGAACGGGCAGCUCAGCUACCUCAAAGUAAUCGACAAGUUCUUCGCCAACUACAUCUCCUGCUUCAUCACAGGCGGCAACGUCAAGUUCCUGCUGCUGCACCAGCCGACGGCCACUGCAACAGCCACGGGCGCGGGCAUGGCCGGCGGCGGCAGCAGCGGGGCGGCGACGUCGACGCGCAGCUCGACGUCGGUGGGCGCCAACCCGACGAGCCCGCAGACGGAGGAGGCCAUCAAGAACUUCUUCAACGAGGUGUACGACAACUACGUCAAGGCCAUCAUGAACCCGUUCUACCGGGUCAACAUGGAGAUCCGGAGCCCCGUGUUCCGCCAAAGGGUGGCGGCGGCGGGGAGGAAGUACUUGUAGACUGUCUGUGUUGGGGUCGGUAUCGGCGAGGGAACGGGUUGUAAUGAAACGUCGAGACGGCAUUCAUGAACUAUCUCCUUAUGGUGUACUGUUAAGUGUGCGCGAGCCAAUUAGGAAGGCAAAGCACGAUGGGGGGCAUCGCAGCAGAACGGUCACAGCAAGAGCCAAAGGUUCAUCAAAUGUUCAUGAUCAAAAUCAAUGCAUUGCCAUCGGGCAUGACUAACCCUCCCAGAGACGCCGUAGUCAUUCCCAUCGA